AUGUCAGAGUCUAAUGGAGAUCAAUGGAUCCAUGAAAUUACAAUCACGCUGGGAAGCGUACAUGACAAAGAAGUAAAGGCAUGCAGCAUCUGCAGGGCUCCAGAGAAAUUUCGAGAAGCCGAAGACAAAGACAAAAGCUACACUUACAGGCCUAAGCUUUUGGCCAUCGGACCCAUUCAUAGGGGCACCGGAAGAGACACCCAAAUCACGGAAGAGAGCAAAUGGCUUUACGCGCACCAUCUUCUUUGCCUUCCAACGCUGACGUUGGAGCCGGAGACCGUUCAAAGGUGCAGUAAGGCCAUUAAAGAUAUGGGGAGUAAAAUUCGAGCGAGCUACGGGGAGACAAUAGACAUCGGAGAAGAGGAGCUCGCCAGAAUGAUGUUACUUGAUGGCUGCUUUCUCUUAGAGCAUCUGAUUAGGCUCACUAAGCAUGAGGAAAGUGUUGACGAGGAAAUGAACUUGCGUCUUCUCACUGAUCUCACUGUGGUCGACAACCAAAUCCCUUUCUUCGUCCUCACAACUUUGUCCUCAACACUUCUCGAACAUCUGGAGGAUGCUCAGCAACUAAAACUUGCCCCUCUGCAUGCACUUUCUCGGCAAGUUGGCAGUAAGGUCAAACUUUCUCCGGAAAAUAUUGCCGAGUCACUCUUUAAAUGCAAAGCUGAUGACUUUUCAGAAGGUGUUUAUCAUUUCCUUCAUCUCAUCCAUUUGUGCUCCCCUGAUCCCUAUAAAGAAGUGGAACCAGGGAAAGAUAAACUACAACUGCUGCGCGGCGCUAGAAAGCUCCAGGCUUUUGGAAUCACAAUUACGGCUUCACAAACUGACGAUUCUAAAGGCAACGACACCCCAGGAACUGUGGCCUCUGUACUCAGGAAAUUCACGGACAAGUUCGAAUUUAAAAUAGAAUUUAAGGAGAGGCAGCGAGAACUGAUAAUCCCGACACUGCACAUAAAAGAAACAACAGAAGUAAAAUGGAGGAAUUUGAUUGCUUGGGAGCAAAUCGGGGUGACUGGAAUCGGCUACAAAUUCACCUCCUACGCUUAUUUUUUCAAAGGUUUGGUCUGCUCUGUUCAUGACCUCAAACUGCUUAAAGACAAAGGAGUUAUAAAAGUGCAUAAGGAGGCUAAGGACGAGCAUUUCGUGAAGAUGUUUCAAAGCAUCACAACUGGGGCAGAACAAAUGGAUCCGAGAUACAGAAAAGUAUGCAAGAGAUUGAACAAAGCGAAGGUGAAUGGUGUGGCGGGAUGUUGUGUCUUCGUUUUCAGAAUGCCGUGGCAUUAUUGGAGGCGUUUUCUGGAAUUGCUUCGAAGCGAAGCAAUAAACUGGCUUCGCAGUUUCGUACGUAUCUAUUUGGGCACUCCAUGGAGGAUCGUCGGAGUUGUUGUCGGUGCAAUUCUGCUUGCUCUCACUAUUAUGCAGACCGUUUAUGCAGCACGUGGCUAG